AUGGAGGCGCCCCACAAGCAAGCGGCGGUAACAAAUGGUUCCUCGCAGGAAGGCUCGACCGCAGGAAUUUCAAAGCAGUCACUGCCGAAACCCCGUGUUUUUGACGACAAAUUUGAAGAACGAGAGUAUCUCAAAGGUCGCCUUGCUGGGGCGUUUAGGCUCUUUGCCAAGUACAACUUCGACGAUGGCGUCGCAGGCCAUGUGACAUUGCGCGACCCCGUCGACCCGGACACGUUCUGGGUCAAUCCACUGGGAGUCCCAUUUGCUCUAAUCAAGCAAUCGGAUCUGGUGCAAACUGACCACGAAGGCAAUAUCAUUGCUGGUGGUCCGGUUCGUGUGAUCAACAAAGCCGCCUAUCUGAUACACGCGGCCAUCCACAAGGAACGCCCUGAUGUCAAUUGUGCGGCUCACUGCCACAGCUUGUAUGCUCGUACCUUUUGUGCACUCGGUAAGACAUUGGAUAUGACAACGCAGGACGCAUGCGCAUUCUAUAAUGAUCAUUCCGUCUAUGAAGAGUACCAUGGGAUUGUGUUGUCGGACGACGAAGGAGAUCGAGUCGCGAAAGCGUUGGGGAAAAACAAAGCAGUAUUGAUGAAGCACCAUGGUCCUCUCACUGUGGGGCAAACAAUUGAAGAGACGAUCUUCUGGUACACCAGCCUGGAAAAAUGCUGCUAUAGCCAAUUGACGCUUGAUGCUAUCGCCGCGGGUCGUGGCAGUCGGGUACAAGCAGUUAACCACGAGGAGGCGCAGGACGCGUACAACACCUUGGGCACGUCUUUUAUCGGCUGGUUUGCUGCGCAGCCUAUGUUUGCCGUCAUGCAUGAGGAGACUAAGGGUGCGUAUUUAGAAUGA